CUACUGUCUGUCUAUCCGCUUGUCUGCUGUGGUGUCUAUAUCGUGUGGCUGACUUGAUGGUGCAUAAAUCGCCGUGUGUUCUUUAGCAACAAGUUCAUAUCGAUUUUAACAUUCGUGCGGUUAUAAUCGAUACUUCUUGUUUGCCGUCCGCUUGCUUCGCUGUUGUAGUUGUUGUAGUUAUUUUUGUUUUGUUUCGCUUAGUGUAUCCUUCUAUCCUUAAUUUAUUCAAUUUUGUUGUUAUUCCCAAUACAUUAUCUUAUACAUACAUAUUCAUAAGGCGUGAAGUGUGGCGUUGACUCAAUUCGGUUCGUGUUGGUGUGAAAUUGUGCGACACAAUCACUUGUGGCGCUGUAAAGUGAAAAAGUGAAACAAAAAAAUACAAAAAGGACUUUAAUAAUUAAAGGCCAUCAAGAAAAGGAGUAGACAAAUAAAACAAUGCAAUAAAUGGUUGUUUGCAUUUGAAUUAAACGUUAUAAUUUUUGGAAAUAUUCAGAAAAUCCUCAACCUCAUAGCAGCAACAUAAAGAGGAGAAGGAAGAUACCAUCAAAAUGAGUUUCAGUGGCCAGGGUUCCUCUGGUGACAGUAAUGUCCGAAAACUGUCGUUUUUGGGAUUUAGUACGAAAAAGUCAAGUGGCAAUGAAGAUCCCAAUGAAGUUCAUUUGGACUCGGAAAUGGAAAAAGUUUUCGCUGGUCCAUCUGCCCUUAAAGAAAAAUUUGAUGUAACCACAUUUCAGGAUUCCGUUCAUCCAAUACCCGGUAGCUUUAAAAAUAUUAAUAGUGCCAAUCGUAAAAAUUUACCAGGAGAAUUAAAUAUAGAAGAACAAAACGAAUACGAACAGGGUAACGAAGCAACAAAUGCCCAAAAUUACGAUGAUAUCCCCGAAGAUUAUCCAUUAGUUUCAGAACGUGCGGGUCAUGGAGAUCAUUCGGAUAAUUCCACAGAUGAAAAACGUGUGCAAUUUGGUAAAAAGAAAGCAUCAGUUGUUACACCGCCCAGUCUAAGUUAUGAUGAACAACCCAACGACAAUAUACACGAACGUAAAAGAAGAAAAAGUCGAAUACAGUAUUAUAGACAACGGAAAUUUUCCCAUCAAGACAGCGUGGAAGCCAAAAAAGUCACCGAAGAAAACGGCGAUGCCGGUAAUCACAAAAUAUCAGCACCGGAAGACGCGUCACUGGAGGAGGCGGAUCUUAAUGAAUUAAGAUCACAUCGUUCGGAUGAUCCUCGGGCAUUGAGAAGGCACAAAAUUCAUCAUUCAUCCAUUAAAUUAAGGGAAUUGCCACAAAUAAGUGUGGCCGGAUUACAGCAGCAGGCUAAAAAGGAAUUCGAUCACAGUCCACAUGAAAUCUUUGUACAGCUUGAUGAGCUUAUGGGAUCCGGUGAGGAUCGUGAGUGGAAAGAAACGGCACGUUGGAUCAAAUACGAAGAAGAUGUUCAAGAGGGCUCUGAUCGCUGGGGCAAAGCUCAUGUGUCUUCACUUUCAUUUCAUUCAUUGCUUAAUUUGCGUCGUUGCCUUGAAACAGGUGUUGUGCUUUUGGAUUUAAACGAAAAAGACUUGCCAGCUGUUGCAUAUCGCGUUGUUGAACAAAUGGUUGUUGAUGACUUAAUCCACACAGAUGACAAACCGGCCGUAUUGCGUUCUCUACUUUUGCGCCAUCGUCAUGUCAACGAACACCAAAGCGGUUUUCCUUUUACCAAACGAAAGUACAAUAGCUACACAAGUUUACAGUUGCUUUUAUUGGGAAGUGAAAACAAUAACCAACAACAAUUGCAGUUGCAACAACGAAUUCGAAUAAAUGCAUCCAACGCACCGGCACGUCGUUCAAUCUGUGAAACACUGAGUGCACCUCCAGCGACAGCAGUCACUAUUGAGGCAUCCUGCCGUAGACAUUCCACACUGUCCUACAUGGGUAAUCUUUCCGGUGAUGAUAAGAAAAUUAAAAUUAUGCCCGCCCUAGAAAUUGGAGGCAGCAAGAAAAGCAAUGAUUUGAAAAUUGAUAUGAAGGACGAUAUGUACUCAUCGUCACAGGAAGAUCUUAAGAAACUGCAAAAUGAUACCAUCCUCAAGAGGAUUCCUCAGGGAGCAGAAGCCACAACGGUCUUGGUGGGUGCUGUUGAUUUCUUGGAACAACCAACCAUUGCCUUCCUGCGUUUGGCGGAAGGUGUUCCAAUGCCAAGUCUAACCGAGGUACCCAUACCCGUUCGUUUCAUGUUCAUUUUGUUGGGACCACCCAAUUAUGACUUGGAUUAUCAUGAAGUGGGUCGUGCCAUUGCCACUCUCAUGGCCAACGAAUCAUUCCAUGGCAUUGCCUAUACGGCCGAUGAUAGAAAAGAUUUACUCUCGGCCAUAAAUGAAUUCUUGGAUGAUUCGAUUGUUUUGCCACCGGGUAAUUGGGACCGUCAUGACUUGUUGCCAUUCGAAGAGCUGAAAGCCAAGAAAGACUGGAUUCGUUCGCGUAAGACCAAGGCUCUCCAGAACAAGAAAGAGCAAAAAGAGAAGCAGAUCAAUAACAUUGGCACUGAUCUAAUAAGUGCUUUGGUCGAGAAGAAACCGGAUGACGACGAUGAUGAUGAAAAGAAAAAGCCAAGUCCCUUGGAGAAAACACAUCGCUUGUGGGGUGGUCUACGCAACGAUCUGAAGCGUCGCUUGCCCAUGUAUCGCAGUGAUAUUCUGGAUGGUCUGAACACUGAAACUUUGGCCGCAACGAUUUUCAUGUAUUUUGCUUGCCUCUCUACGGCCAUUACCUUUGGUGGUUUGGCUUCGGACAAAACCCACAAUUUGAUUGGUAUAUCAGAGACGCUGUUGAGCGCAUCCGUGGUAGGUGUUAUUUUCCACUCGCUGGCUGGUCAACCUUUGGUAAUUAUUGGAACAACGGGACCGCUAUUGCUGUUCGAUGAGGCUUUGAAUAACUUUUGUAAGGAAAAUGGUAUAAGCUUUUUAACCAUACGAGCCUAUAUUGGCAUAUGGUUGGCAGUUAUCUCAAUUUUGGUCUCGGCAUUCGAGGGAAGCGUUUAUGUCCGUCUCCUGACUCGUUUCACACAGGAAAUAUUCUCGGCUCUUAUAACGCUGAUUUAUAUUGUGGAGACCAUUAUGAAACUUGUAUCGGUGUAUAAGAAACAUCCCCUCCUGGCUGAUUAUAAUUUACCACCUCCAACAAUGGUCGGUUCUUCUCCCUUGGAUAGGGGCAAUGAAACCGUCUUGGGUUUGGAAGAUUCAUCCAGCUUGGAAGGAGCAAAUUUAACAACGAAUGCCAACACAACUGUGGAUUAUGGAUCCCUUUCUCCCUUGAAUAUGCCCAAUACGGCGCUAUUUUGUACCAUCCUAACAUUGGGCACCUUUACAGUGGCCUACUAUCUAAAGCUGUUCCGUAACUCACACUUUUUGGGACGUAAUGCCCGUCGUGCCCUGGGUGAUUUUGGUGUACCAAUUUCAAUAACGAUAUUUGUUAUGGUUGACUAUUUCAUUCCUCAAGUCUACACCGAGAAGUUAAGUGUACCCGAGGGCAUUUCACCCAGUGAUCCUGUUAAUCGCGGUUGGCUGGUGAGUUUGGGGCCCGUUGAAACCUGGUUGCCAUUCAUGGCCGGCAUUCCCGCCCUCUUAGUAUACAUUCUCAUUUUCAUGGAAUCACACAUAUCCGAAUUGAUUGUUGAUAAACCAGAAAGAGGAUUAAAGAAAGGAUCUGGUCUGCAUUUUGACAUUGUCCUUCUGUGUUGUCUGAAUAUGCUUUGCGGAUUCUUUGGCAUGCCAUGGCACUGUGCUGCAACUGUGCGUUCGGUGGCUCAUGUCUCUGCCCUUACUAUCAUGUCGAGAACCCAUGCUCCCGGUGAAUCUCCGAGAAUUAUUGAUGUCAAAGAGCAACGGCUAUCUGGCUUCUUUGUAUCCCUGAUGAUUGGUUUGUCUGUUACCAUGGCACCCUUGUUGCGUCUCAUUCCUAUGGCUGUGCUGUUUGGUGUGUUCCUGUAUAUGGGCGUUGCUUCGAUGAGUGGUGUCCAGUUCUUUGAUAGAGUGAGAUUGUUCUUUAUGCCCGUAAAACAUUAUCCGCCAACGCCGUACGUUAAGAAAGUUCCUACCUGGAAAAUGCACCUGUUUACGACCAUACAAGUUUUAUGUCUGGCUGUACUGUGGGCUGUGAAAUCCUCAAAGAUAUCGUUGGCGUUCCCCUUCUUUUUGGUAAUGAUGGUACCGAUUCGUAUGAAAUUAGCAGCAAUGUAUAAGCCUCAUGAAAUUGCAGCGCUGGAUGGAAGUGAAGCCCAGGCCGAUGAAGAUGAACCCGAUUUCUAUGAAGAGGCAACCAUUCCAGCAUAGAUAUAUUUUAUUGUUAAAACUCCUCAUAAAUCCCUUCGACUAGAACUAGAAAAAUGCACAAAUUUUGUUGUUAUUGUUGGUAAUUUCGACAAACACUUUAAGAGAAAAUAAAAGAAAACAAACAAAAGAAAUUACAAAAUAAAUAAUUUAUUGUUAAAUUCUCGAGAAAACUAUUAGAAUGAAACUCUACGAGUAUGUGAAAUACUGGUUGCAAUUGCAACAUGUUUUAGCCUAAAUGUAAUUAAGUACUUACAUCUGUUAGCAUGUACUAAAUAUAGAUAAACAAAUUUUAAUUAUUCACACAAAAUACACACACACACACAUACUUAAAUCUUUUUAAAACUGUAAAAUUAGCACCCCUAAAUUCAAAACAAAAGAAAUAACUAAAAUAUAUUAAUAAAUCUUGUUAUUACAAAUGUAAACUUCAAAAGAAAAGUAAAAAAAUAACUUAAAAAAAUUAAACUUUGUGAGCUUUAUUACUAAAAGUAUUAAAUCUAUGUAUGUAAAAUUAUAAGAAAUAAUUUUAAUAUCUUUAAAGCAUAACGAGCAACCAUUGUAAAUUUUCACAUAAAUACGUACUUACUGUAAAUCGUUUAUGUUUUGUAUUUAGGUUUUUGUUUCCUCUAUGUAUAAAUUCCUAUUUAUUUGUUAUAUAUAUGUAAAAAAAUAAUAGUCGCAAACAGUACUUAAUAAAAAAGAUUAAAUAAAAUAAAAAUACAAAAUACGAAAAGAAUAUCAAACACUUGAGACAGACAAAGAAAUCGCCGUGCAUAUUAAAUGUUCAAAUUUGCUGCUAAAGCCUUCUAUGUGAUUGUGUACUUAAAUAUCAGGUUGGGAUACAAUACAAAACAAAAACAAGACAACAAAAUGAGAAACUAUUUUAAGAAAAAUAUACAUUCUUUACAGAGAGUAGUAUAUACAUGAACAGAACAUACUUAAAUAUUUACAAUAGACAUAUAUCUUAGCAUAAGUAUUGAAUUUGCAUGCAAUAUCAACGAAUUGACAAAUGUGUAACCCCUAGAUAAAUUAUAAUGCCAGCACUCGAAUCUCGAAUUGAAUCUUGGUACCCAGUACAAUAAUUUUUAGUUCUCCUAUUUCAAUUAUGUUUUAUCUUCAUUUCUGUGAAGAGUAGAACUGCAGAUUCGACAGAUGUUUAGUCAAUUUUUUGUCAGAAUUAAAAUCCUAAGGAAUAAAAAGGACGUUAAGUUCGUCCGAUCCAACUUUUUAUACCCUUCAUUCUGUGAAUACAUAAAUUACUAUGAAAUUUUAAAUUACGUAAAAUCUGGGCUUGGCUAUAUGACAAGAUCCUUUAUUUUAGGUAAUUAAGUUGAAAAUCUUAAAAAUACCCAUACUUGAGGAUGUCUACAAUUAUAAGGGCAUACAAUGAAUAAUUUUUGUAAAAAUAUUUGACCAGGAUCCUUAAAACACCGGUUACACAAUUUAGGCGGAAUCCUUCAAAAUAUCGCAAAUAAAUAGGUACCUUAAUAUGGGUGCUGCUCAAAAUUGUGAACCUUAUUAAACAGUUUUUUUUUUUUUUUUGUGAGCAGAAAACACGAAAUAUCCAGUUCUAGCCAAUUUGGUUUGAAAUUGUAGUUUCAAAACGCCGAAAAUCUGGAAGGAUUGUUACAUGGGGUCUAUAGGAAAUUCGGCAUCUAUAUGGGUGAUACAAAUUGACGAAAUUGGGUGAUAAUAAUUGACGAAUUACAGCUUUUCCAGUUGGAGCUGUGGCUAAAAACUUCAAAAUACCUAAAGUCGAACCUAAAUAAAACACCAAAAAUCAAUACCAGUGAAAUAAUAUGGACUUUACAUUGAUUAAGCAGACCGACGGACACUUUUUAUGGUGACCAAGAAUAUUUACAUACACUCGAUGGAGUCUCCGACAAAAUUUUAUGAUGGAAGGCAAACAAAAAUGACCUGGAUUUUGGCACAUUCGACAGAAUUCAGAAGCAUUACAUUAAAUUUUGUGAAAAUCGCUACACCGAUUUGGUGUUUAUGUCCCUCACAUUCGUUAUAUACAUUCGACAAAAAUGAUGUUUGGUACCAAAUAUCAGAUACAGCCCAGAAAUACCUCUGCCAAAUUUUAUUAAGAUCGGUUCAGAUUUGGAUAUAGCUCCCAUAUAUAUCUCUUACCGAUUUCGGAUUAAUUGUGCACCAAAUGGCCAAUAACAGUCCAAAAGUCCUGAAUUUUGUUACAUCUGACCGAAUUCAGUCUAGAAGUACAAUUUGGAGAAAAUCGGUCCAGGUAUAGCUAUAGCUUUCAAAUAUAUUUUUUCAUCCGAAUCAAAUUUUAUCGAGGAGUGUUAAGAUUUGGAUAUAGCUCCCAUAUAUAUCCUUAAUUCGAUUUCAGGAGUGAAUUUCGGGACGUACGUUUCCAUUUUGUGGAACUCGGAUCCAAUAUAUAUAUUUAUACUUUCUGCAAUGAAAUUAAGGCCAAUUCCACUGAAAAUUCGAGAUAACAAUCUUCUACCAGUAUUAUAGCAAAACAAGCCGCGAUAUUGUCUAUUUUCAUACUUGUCCUAUCAGACCAACUUGUUUCUUUUCACGGUUCGACGAGGGUAUCAAUUUCUUGCUGGUUAGUGGAUAUGAAUUUAAAGUGGAUUCGACUGAAAUAAAUAGAUAUAUAUUUUUGAAAAUUGCAAGAGGUGCCAAGAUCUCACACUACACAAAUACAUACACAUGUAAUAUUCGUGUAAAUUAUUAAAUUUUACAGUAAAUAAUCCAACUAUAUUUUUUCUACUACCUCCUUAAUCAUUUUAAACUAAGUCUCACUAGUAGUCCUAAGUAAUAUGUAUGGCUAACUGAAAAGCUUUUUUGAUUGACUUAUUAUAGAUAAACUGAUCACAGUCAUACGAGGAAAAUUGCAUACAUAUAUUGUAUAAUAUUGAUACAAUCUAUACGUUAUAUUCAUAAAUGAAUUAUAUUACAGGGUGAGAUAAAAAACUGCAACAAAGUCAAAAUUUUUAUUUUUUUUAAUUUUAUUGAAUGAAAGAAAAAAUAUCGGAAAUAGCAUCAAAAUUUUAGAAUAAGUUUAGAUUUGUUCGAAUUGGUCACCUUUGGCACGAAUAAUGGCCUUCAAACGGCCAAUGAAAUCGUCACACGUUGCCCGAAUGUUGUUCUGCGGUAUUUUGUCCCAUUUCCGGCGAAGCGCUUGCUUGAGGUGAUCGACACUUUGGUAUUUUUUAGUGCCAACCUUGCUUUCCAAAAUACUUCAGACACAAUAGUCCAACGGAUUGGUAUCCGGAGAUUUUGGUGGCCAUUGUGCGCUGGAAAUGAAGCGAGGAACUCAUUUUGUAACCAUUCUUGGGUGGCGCGUGCUGAGUGCGAUGGUGCUGAGUCCUGUUGGAAUGUCGAAAGUCUGCGGCCAAAAUGUUUGCGUGCCCAAGGCUUUAAUACACCUUCCAUUGAUAAUAUUCGGCAUAUAUUCUGAUGCCACGGUCGAUAAAUACGAGCGGCGAGCUACCAUCGGCUGUUGAGUUCUGGUGGCCAACCGAAGUUGCACAUUUUCAGCUGACCUCUUUGGCAAGUAAACACGCUCAUUUUGUUGAUUUACAAACUUACAUCGGAAAAAAGCAAAUUUGGCAGUUCACCACUUUCGGCCAAGCAAAGCAACUCUUUAGCUCUUUUGAGUCUUUUUUUUCCAUUACGGUGUAAGUUCUUGCACUUUUGGGAAUUUCAAUGACUUUACCCCGAGCUCUUUUUUUAUUAUUUGCCGAAUGGGAUAUUGUGAUAUGUUCAGCUCACGAGCCAUUUUCGGCCACUGCGACUCGGGUUUUGAUCAAGUCGUUUCUUUCCUUUCGAAACAUUUCUGCUGAUGUUACUGUUUUCUUCCGUCCAUUUCCUUGACGUCGGGCUACGCUUCGUAUCACGGUAAAGAGCUGUGGUACGAGACACAAAUGAUUUAUACACAUUCAAAUGUUGGAGUGCUCUAACGAUAGCCACUUGUAGUUUUCACGCUUGAAUUCCAUCACGAAUAACUUUUUUUGUGGAAAUUUCUCACCAAAUUACUUUUCUACAAGCGUAGAAAUACAAUGAACUGUUACUGGAAUAAUUUUAACAGCUGUCGGACGAGUGGCUUAGAAAUGACAGCAGUCUGAAGUUGGUUGCUAUUUUUCAUCUCAACCUGUAUAUUAAAUGCAGUUUUAGUUUUUUUUGGGAAAUAUUUGUUUCAGAUCAAGGAAAAAUUUUCGAUCGGAAGAACUUGUUUUCACUUCUUUUUGCAAAAACUUGAAAUUUCUUGAUUCUAUUGGCAUAUAUUAGGCAGAUGAUUAAGUCUGCCUGUCCGUCCCUCUUACAAGUUAGGAUAAAGCAGACAUAUAUUGUUUGACGUCAGGUCGAUUUGAAAGAUGACUUCAGUUAUCAACGAAAUUUACAGAUUUCAAGAAGAUAAUGAUCAAUAUAGAUCCACGUUUUAGGUAUAUUUCGAUUGUUUUACCGCCUCGCCAAGGUAUGGAGGGUAUAUAAAGUUUGUCAUUCCGUUAUGUAUUCUUAUGUAUAUAUAUUCUUGAUCAGCAUAAAAAUCUAUGUCAAUUUAGCCAUGCCCGUCCGUCUGUGGGAAUCACUCUAGCUUUCGAACGUAAUGAAGUUAGUCCGUAGAAUUUUUGGUAUCGAAAAAAGAUUUAAGAUGUUUUUUUAUUGUUUUUGCUGUAAAUUGUCAGUUUGUUUUCCCAGUAUACAGGGAACGUCCUUGCAUAGAACUGUCUAUAUUGGUUUUAUGAUUUGUUAUAGUCCCCAUAUAACAGCACCUCCAGAUAUUCGGUGUUUGGGUGAUAUGCGUCACACUUUUCACCGGAACUGUUUUAAAUUUGGUAUUUACAGUUCGCCAUAGGUACUUCCUUUUAUAACAGAAAAAACAACUUAAAGGUCCAUAUUUUCGUAUAGCCCUAUAGCCAUAUACAGGUAAGGCUCAAUAUUCGAUACUUUGUUGAUUUUAGCUACAUUUUUCAAUAGAAUUAUCUCAAUUCGUACUAUGCGCAACCCUUCUCUGGCAGAUAAUUGGCUGUAGAGGCUAUCGUACAGCCCAUUUAACUGUCAUUUCCUCCAUCAUACUAUGGAAAGUAUAUUAAUUUCGUCAAUCCGGUUGUAACUCCUCGAAAUAUUCAUGUCAGACCCAACAAAUUAUAUAUAUCCUUGACCAGUAUAAAAUUCUAAGCAAAUUAGCGCUAUGCGUCUGUCUAUUUAUUUAUUUAUUUGUUCAUCUGCCUCUCUCUGUUGUUAUCACGCUAUAUUUCGAACGAAUUGAUAUAGAAGGCUAAAAUUUUGCACACAUGUGUUGUUUGUCAGUAAGCAGGUUAAGUUCGUAAAUGGGUCAUAUCGUUCCACGUUUUCGUAUAGCCCCCUUUAACGGUACCUCUCAAUAUUCGGUAUAUUGAUGAUUUCAGCGUUAUUAUAGACCGGAAUUGUUUUAAAUGUCGUAUUGGAAGAUUUUAAGGGUAUUGCAACAUAUGAGUUUUAUAUGUCCAUAUUCAUAUAGCCCCUAUAUAACACUUCCUCCCAAAAUUCGGUACUUUUAUGGUAUUAGAUACAUUAUAGACCGGAAUUGUUUUACAUUUCGUAUUUGAAUGUCUUAAUGGGUACUACAGCCCAUGACAAAAAUUUGCGUGUACAGGUCCACGUCUUCGUAUAGCCAUCAUAUAACGAUACCUCCCGACAUUCGGUAUUUUGAUGAUUUUAGAGACACUAUUCACCGGAAUUGUUUCAAAUUUCGUAUUUAGGGGUCCUAAUGGGUACUACAGCCUAUGAAAAAAAAUGUAUUUUUCGACGAUUUUUUUUUUUGAUAUUGAUGUUAAAAGUUCGGUCCAGCCACAACACAUGUCUUCAAGUGCUUAGAUCUGGUAUUUAAGCGUUAUAUAAUAUUUCUGUUAUUACGAAUUUCCAAUACUAAAUUUCAAAAAAAAAAAAAAAGUACUUAAUAAAACUUGGGUUAAAAUUGCUUUGAAAAAUGAAGUUAAAGGUCGAACGUUAUGCGGUAUAUAUAACACUGUGUAACACAGCAGAUAAUGAAAGUAGAACUAACAAGUUAAAAAGCAGUAAGUUCGGCCGGGCCGAAUUUUUAAUACCCUCCACCAUUUGCAACGAAUUUGGAAAUUUUUAAAAAAUAAAAUCCUUAAAAAAUUCUGUUAAAAUUUUAAAAAUACCGAAUAUAGCCGUUAUAUUGGGGUCUAUACGACGUGGACAUACAUAGGCAUUGUUUGUCAUAAGCCAUUACCAUAUUCAAAUUCGAAACUUGAAAUAAACAGUGAAUAAUGUAGCUAAAAUCAUCAAAAUAUCGUAUAUAAUGAGGUGCCGUUAUAUCGGAGCUGUGCGAAGACCUGGACCAGCAUAGCAAUUUUCUGUAACAGGCUGUAGCAUCCAUUACGAACUUCCAAUACCACAUCUCAAACAAUUUCGGUGGGUAUUGUACCUAAAAUCGUCAAAAUACCGAAUAUAGGGAGGUACUGAUAUAUGGGGCCUAUACGAAGACCUGGACCCGCACAGACAAUUUUCUGUCACAGACUGUAGUUCCCAUAACGAACUUCAAAUACCAAAUUUGAAACAAUUCCGGUGAAUAAUGUUGCUAAAAUCAUCAAAAUACCGAAUAUAGGGAGGUACCGUUAUAUGGGGGCUAUACUAAGACGUGGACCUGCACAGAAAAUUUUCUGUCUUAGGGUGUAGUAUCCAUUUUGAACUUCAAAUACCAAAUUUGAAACAAUUCCCGUGAAUAACGUCGCUAAAAUCAUCAAAAUACCGAAUAUCGGGAGGUACCGUUAUCUGGGGGCUAUACGAAGACCUGGACCCGCACAGACAAUUUUCUGUCACAGACUGUAGUUCCCAUAACGAACUUCAAAUACCAAUUUUGAAACAAUUCCGGUGAAUAAUGUUGCUAAAAUCAUCAAAAUACCGAAUAUAGGGAGGUACCGUUAUAUGGGGGCUAUACUAAGACGUGGACCUGCACAGAAAAUUUUCUGUCUUAGGGUGUAGUAUCCAUUUUGAACUUCAAAUACCAAAUUUGAAACAAUUCCCGUGAAUAACGUCGCUAAAAUCAUCAAAAUACCGAAUAUCGGGAGGUACCGUUAUAUGGGGGCUAUACGAAGACGUGGACCUGCACAGACAAUUUUCCGUCUUAGGGUGUAGUAUCCACUUUGAACUUCAAAUGCCAAAUUUGAAAUAAUUCCCGUGAAUAAUGUCACUAAAAUCAUCAAAAUACCGAAUAUAGGGAGGUACCGUUAUAUGGGGGCUAUAUGAAAACGUGGACCUACAUGGCCCAUUUACGAACUUAACCUGCCUACUGGAAAAAUAAACAUGUGUGCAAAAUUUUAGCCAUCUAUCUCAAUUCAUUCGAAAGAUAGCGUAAUUACAACAGACAGACAAACGGACAGACAGACAGACAGACAGACGGACAUCGCUAAAUCGACUUAGAAUUUUACUCUGAUCAAGAAUAUAUAUACUUUGUUGGGUCUAAUAUGAGUAUUUCGAAGAGUUACAAACGGAACGACAAAGUUAAUAUACCCUCCAUAGUAUGGUGGAGAGUAUAAAAAUACAGGACUCGUGUAUCAGAGUUUUGAAAUGUUACAUCACGAGGAUUAUUUUGCUAGAAAAUUUUAAGCCAGAGACGUGUCAACAAAGAGGUCCUAUUUUAAAUAUGGUUAAAAACUCCCUUUAAACGGCAUCACAAAAAGUCAAAAUAUUCUACAAAGAUAUUCUACAAGAAGACAUCAGAAGCCCAGAUCUUUCCUAAACGCAAGAUAUUAGUAUUCGGGGACCUAUACCCAAACAUGGAAUUAUAAGGAAAGCUCUUUGCAAGGAUAUAGGAAUACCAAUGUACCAAUUUUCAAUACAUUCGGUUUACAACUUUGACCAAAAACCCAAAACACCUUAAAUCGAUCGCUACCGUCCUAUACAACAACGUGUACCUGCGGUCAAUUACGGUCAAUUUUUAAUACCUAAUAUUAAACUAACCUGAGAGACAUCUGAGUAAAAUUUUAUCAAUCUACUUCAUUCCGAUCGGAAGCUAGAAUGAUGUUCACAGACGAAGUAAAAUCUUAUGCUGAUCGCGAAUUAUACUUUACUAAAAUUCUCAUUUCGAGGAAUUAUAAAGGGAAUGGCAAACUUAAAAUACCCUCCAUUGUAUGGUAGAUGCUAUAAAAAUUAAACAAAGAUGAAAACAAAAUCAAUUUAUACAUCUGAGAAUGUAUUUUUUUAAUCCUGUAUGACUGUUGACAAUAUGAAAAAAAAGAAUAAAUAAAAGAAUUGUGUUAAAAAUCAUUAAAUACAUGCAUACAUACACACAUGUAUACAUUUCUUAGAGAAUUGUUAUAAGUAGUUGUUUCACACAAAAUUGUUUUUUUUUUUUUUUUUUCUAUUAUUAACUUUAAUUUAAUAAUGACAAUUAAGUUAUUUAACUAAAGGAUAAGUGAAAACUCUGUCAGUGAUAUUGAGUGUUAAACACUUUGAAGCUGUGCAAUUCAGCUAUACCUGACUAUACAUGUAUUUGUGUGUGAAUAACAUAGAAAUACACAAUGAAUUAACAAUCAUAUGUACCAAUAGAUUUUAUUGUGUUAUUCUAAAAAUACGUUGUUAAGAUACAUACCUUUAGUACUAACGAACUUCUAUUUAAGCAUUUAAGUUUGGCUUUGAACCUCUAAUAAAUUCUAUUCUUAGAUAACGUUG